CACUAGGAAACCCUGUGGCAUCCAAGAUCUAAGUACGAAAAAAAGCAAUAAAGCUAAUUCUUAAAUAUAAGCAAAUAAAUUUGGACAAUUAUGAGUGAAGAUUUGGUGUACACAUUGGAACGUCGAUUCCGGCAAGAACAGUCUUCAUUUGUGGAUCCACUAGAACUUUACAAGGUUGAGAAAAAUUUGGAUUAUGCUCGAAAAAAGCUUUGGGAAGAAGGAAAAUGCCAAUUGGAAAGGGUAGGAGAACCAGAAGGAUUGUCCAAGCGAAUCAUGACUCUACAAGGAAAGAUCAACGAUCUGAGGGUAGCUCUUGAAGCUAAAAUAGAGCAAGAAGAAAUUAACAUAAAAAAGGAACAAGAAGAAGCAGCAGCUUCGACGAUGGAGGAAAUUCGCAAACGGGAAAUCAAUGAACGACAGCAAGAACAGCAUUUACAAUUUGGUAAUUCACAAUUACUGAAUCAUCAGCGGUCCGUCCAAGCAGAUAUUUCUGACUCUCUACUUCACAUGGCUUCUAUCUUGAAGGAAAAUGCUAUAUCUUUUACGAAUGCUUUAGUAAAUGACAACCAAGUGGUAGAACGGGCAGGCUCUUUACUAGACAAAAACGCCAAAAGCCUGGACAAUACACAUCAAAAUGUGAAAGACUUUACAAAGUCUAAAAAGCUUUCCUUUUGGUUACAGAUUGGAAUGGUUCUCGCUGUAGUCAUUUCAUUCCUAGUUAUGAUGUUUAUUUUACAGUUUACGAAAAACCAAAACUAAUGAUAAAUCACAACUUAGUGGAUAUGUAUUUAUUGAAUUUCUACUGAUGAAGGCAAGGAAAAAUUUUAGUUACUUUCGUUUGUUUGGACUAGUGUACCCGAUCAAUAUUUCAACCCUGCUACUGUACUUUCAAGACAGCUAAGCUGCAAACAACAAAAGUAGGCGCUUACUGUUUCAAACUUUUCACAUUUGUUUAUACAAUAUUAACCUCAAUAAAGAGUAGAUAACCAG